AUGAGGAAGGAGAAACAAACCCUGCGCCUCAGCUGUGAGGAAAGUGGCGGGUAUGAUCUCAACCUCUUCACCAGCCCUCCUGAUUGCAACUUGCUGUGUUCUGUCUGCCAUGGAGUUUUCAAGAGGCCGGUGAGGUUGCCGUGCAGCCACAUCUUCUGCAAGAAAUGCAUCCUCCGGUGGCUAGCCAGACAAAAGACCUGUCCGUGCUGCAGGAAAGAGGUGAGACAGAGAAAGAUGGUCCAUGUGAAUAAACUCCAGAAGAUCAUUGGCCGCUUGGAAGUCAGGUGCAGGAACGCCGAAGCUGGCUGCCAGGUGACGUGCCCCCUGGCCCACCGCAAGGGACACCAGGACUCAUGCCCCUUCGAGCUGACGGUCUGCCCCAAUGAAGGCUGCAUGUCGCGGGUGCCUCGUGGGGCCCUGGCCGAGCACAGGCAGAACUGCCAGCACGCUGCCCAUCAUCGCUGCUCCCUGGGCUGCGGGGCCACCCUGGGCCCAGCCGAGCGGGCAAACCACAACUGCUACCGGGAGCUGAGAGAGGCCUGGUGCCAGCGCCAGCAGCGCAGCCGGACCUUGGUGCUCUGCCUGCUGCGGCACAUGCGCAAAAUGCACCGGACCACCGGCAUCAUCCGCCGGCAGCUGGCGGACUUCUUGGAGGAAGAUGACCCCCUGCUUAUGGGUACCCCGCAAGAGGCUGAGGCCAUCCCAGAAGGCAGCGUUGGGGUUGAGGUGUGGGGGCCCCAGGGCCAAGCUACCUUGUAA